UUGGCGUUUUAAGGAACUCUGGCGGAGUCCGAAGCUGUGAGUUGGAUCUCCUGUCGAACGAGGUCUUUCGAGCUUUCUUCUUGGGUAGCUGUGACAUCUCAAGCGACAUGGAACCUUCCGAUCUCUCCUUGAGCCGGCCGUCGCCCCGGCGCGAGCUCCAAGGCCCCCGACCGACCCCCCUCCAGGUCCGAAAGGACUCCCACAAGAUCAGGAAGCCACCGGCCGCGGCGCCUCCCCAGACUCGGCAACCGGUCAUCAUCUACACCGUCUCGCCCAAGGUCAUCCACGCCAGCCGUAGCGAGUUCAUGUCGCUGGUGCAACGCCUCACCGGCGCCGCCUCAUCUUCCGCCGAUCCUACUGCGGCUGCUUCGCGUUCUCGCGGGGACUCAGCCAGAGGAGCACCGCUGUCGCCGGCAGCUCGGUUAGCCGUGUUCGAGAGGACGUCUCACCCGGCGUCCAACCGAGAUGUUCUGGAUCAACUGGAGAUCGAUGGUCCGAUGACAUCGAGUCGAGCCGGUCUCUUCCCCGGCAUCCUGUCCCCGGUCCCUUCUUCUCUGCCACCGGUGUCCCCCAACCUGUUCUCGGCGUCCACCGUCCCGAGUGAGCUUAACCUCUUCAACGAACUCAGCCCUGCUUUCCAUGGGGGCAAGAGCUAUGUCGAGAAUCCCUUCUUGCCCAGCCCCAACAACUUCCUAUCCACUCCCAUCCUCCCUUCUCCCGGUGCAUUUUGGGACCUCUUCAAUCAAAACGAGGAGUGUUAGCUCAAGAGAAGGGGAAAGAAGACAUGGUGAGGCCUUCUUAUUCCUCUUGUGGGAGCUAAUCGCAUCUCAUAUGUAACAACAACAACAUCAACAAUCGAUCGAUUUAGAGUAGUUGAUGAAUUCUUAUUACACCAUCAGAUCAUGAUUCAUGCAACACAGAAUUGUAAGUUCUUUUUGUUUGCCUAAUGCUUGAUUAUUCUUUUGCCUUUCAUUCAUUCUCUCUUUAUAGUUCUGUAUGUUGCAAGAUGAGAUCAAUUCAGAGUCUGCAAAUAUGAACAACAUUCGAUCCUUCGAGUAUGCUCUCAUUUCUUCUGUAGCAGUAAGAUCACAUCCAUCUAUCUUAGCAUGCCAAAAGUACAGACAGGUAGGUUGAGAACUGCAUGUCAUGAGCAGCUUCGAAGCACAUGGAAUCAAUCCAUUAACAUGGAAAAGCCUGUCCUGCAUAGAGUUAUGGAGUACAAGCAAGUCACAAUACAGAGACAUGUAUAGCCAUUCUAAGAAUAAUUCUCCGCCUGUAACUUUGCAAACAAGAAAAAUCUCAUCUCAGGACAAUGAUAGAGAGAGACUAGCAGGCAGUGCAUGGGAAAACUUCCACCAUAUGCCUUUGUUCAGGUCAAUGCCAUCCUUUUCUUGUUCUUCAUUUAGAACAUUACUGACAAAUU